AUGCCUCUUCCGAAUGCACAACCGGUCAAGCUAGCUCAGAACCUAACAGUGCAGGCACCUCUUUCUCGAAAAGGACAUGGGCCGGGAAUUCUAAUUGUCCGGUCCUCCGUCAGCCUUGAUCAGCGGAAUACGGAAAAGACGUUGGACCCAGAGCCGCUUCAAAAGUGGGCUGAAGAAGGUUUUGUCUGUGUAGAGAUAGAGGUGCCUGAAGAUCUCCAAUCAAUGAAAGGUAUCUUUCACCAGGCUUUGAGCGCCCUAGAAAAUCAUAAUGAAUGCGACAAAAAGUCCUGUUAUGGUUUGAUAGUCUACUCACCAUCCUCUGUCCCAAACUUGACGCAAGUCAUCGAUAGCAUGGACGAUAUCAAAGCUGUAGUCUCAUAUGGUGCUCUAAAUGAACAAACGCAAAAGCCACAUCUUUACCACCUGGCAGAAGCCGGAUCAAAAUCCGCCUCAGAUAAUGAGACCGCCUACCGAUACUCGGAUGUCAAAUCUACGUCUUUCGUUAUUCCAUCGCACAAAGACUUCUCGUCGUCUGCGGCAACAAUUGCUCAUACGAGAUGUCUUGAAUUUCUGAAAAAUAAACUGGAUGGACCUUGGUUCGACCUUGAAGAGAUCUGGGAAGAGCACACUAGAUUUGAAUUUGAGACCCGUUCUGUUGAGGAGACUAUGGAUACCAUGGUCCAAGAACCAUAUGUGAACCAUAUACCAACAAUGACCGGAGGAGUCGGUAGAGAAGAGCUGUCUCGUUUCUACGCAAAUCAUUUCAUCUUCAACAACCCCGAUGACACUGCUUUGGAGCUUGUCAGUCGGACUGUGGGGAUUGACCGAGUUGUUGAUGAAUUCAUUAUGAGCUUUACCCAUGAUAAGAUGGUGGACUGGCUUAUUCCUGGGAUUCCACCGACCGGAAAGAAACUACGAAUUCCUUUCAUGGCGGUGGUAAACAUUCGUGGUGACCGGCUUUAUCAUGAACAUAUUAUCUGGGAUCAAUUGACUGUUCUUUUUCAGCUCGGUCUAAUGCCUGAAUAUCUCCCAAUCCUAUACAGCUUGCCAAAUGGACCGACUGCACCACCAGGUUGCAAGUUGGAAUACCGCGUUCCAGGUGCUGGUCAAGAAACAGCUGAUAAGAUGGUUGACGAGAGUAGUGUUCCUUCAAACGAAAUGUUUGAUUUUUCUGUUCGAUAG